UAGCUCUAAGAGCAGCGAGGAAAGAGUUUUUAAACAGGGAAAACACUAUGAACCUGCUCUUUUUGAGCGGUCCUUCAAACAGUCCUUCUCAGGACUACACUCACCCGGACGAUCAAACUACACUAUUACAGACGAUUCUUCCGACAAAUUCAGUACUGUUUGAUAAAGGAUCGUAUUCACGAGACUGCAAUGAGCCUAUCAGAAGAAUUUCCGACCACAUCAGCGUUAGCGACAGUUAUACUGUGCUACUGGACGAGUGUUUGAAAGAAAACCAAUCAUUAAGAGAGCAAAUGAGGCAGCACGAUGAAGAAAAUGCCUCAAAGUUCGAAGAGCUUUCAAACAAAGUGGACUCUGUGUAA